AUGAAUGCUUCUGAGGACAUGCAGGUACGUGCCCCCCCCCGGUGCCCCGGAAGAAGACUCGAGGGGAGGGCGCCCCUAGUUGUGAGGAGACUAGCUGACACGCCCCCUGGAUCCGUGCGGUGUGGAAACGGGGUGUCAUCGUGUGCAGAGAAGUUACGGGUGCCCGCGGUUGCCAAACGGGCUGAGAACCGCUGCUCUAACGGGGAGCAGCGCCGCAGUGGCGGUGACUGUCUGACCCGCGCUUUACUUGUCCUUGUCCGGCAGCUUUUCCUCCCUUCCAUGAAGAAGAAGACGGCCCUGGCUGAGAGCGUCUCCCCCGACGGGGACGUGCUGCAGGACCACUGGCUGGUGGAUGACAUGUUUUCCUUUGAGAAUAUCGGCUUCACGAAGGACGUUGGAAACAUCAAGUUCCUUAUCUGUGCGGACUGUGAGAUCGGGCCCAUCGGCUGGGACUGCCUGGACGACAAGAAGAGCUUCUACGUCGCCUUGGACCGUGUUUCCCAUGAGUGACGGCCGGAGCGACGCUGGUUCCCCCCGAGGUCCUCGCAGCCGGUGUAGCCGUUACAUGCAUCUCCAUCGUGCACUAACAUGAAGCUGUUCAUACAACACGUGGACUUAAACCUGUCAUGGACUCAUCUGAAAUGGCUUAUUUAAGGCAAUGUGCAAUUACUCAUACAUUCAUCAACUUCUGGUCCAUCUUUUCAUUGUAUUAUGGAGGUGGGGGUGGCAGUUUUAUGAAUUUUGUCUGAUAUUUUUUUUUUUACUGCUGAUUCAAGGGCAUUUUCCAGUUGUGUUGGAGGUGUUAAAGUGAGGACACGUUUCUUGUUUCUACCAUGUCUUACCCCACACUAACUCGUUGUUCGUGUCCUAAUAUUGUUUAAAUGUUGACUAUAUUAUUGUGACACGUUACAUUUAAAAUGUGCAUCCUCUAAGUAAAUGGCUAACUAGAAACUACAUCUGAUAAUAGGGGUAACUAGGUAGAAUUCUGUUCAGUUUCUGUGGCAUUUCAUCCAGUGUUAAUGGCUUCCCAUUGUGUUUUGACCUAAAGGGCUUAUCAUUUUUACCAUUCAUUAAAAAAAAUUACAACAAGGGCAUCUUUGUCCCUAAUUCUAAAAAGGGAUGACUUUCCCACUUUUUGUAAGGGCCACAAGCUUGCAGAGAGCAGAUUUAGACUGGACAUUAGGAAGAACUUCUUCACAGUUAGAGUGGCCAAGGUCUGGAACGGGCUCCCAAGGGAGGUGGUGCUCUCCCCUACCCUGGGGGUCUUCAAGA